CAUCAUUGCUCUGGUUCGAUUUUGUUUUGUCAGUAUGUUGUGAUCAGAAGGAGAUGUCCUAUAUUAAAAUGAGAUAAACUUAUCCGUGAAAUUUACAUUUAACAGUAUGUGCAUUUAGAGACAACCUUAUACUUUUGUAAAGGAUCUGAAAGAGAUAGUUAUAUUUCGUUUCGUAUGCUGUUUGGCUGCCCUUUAGCUCCAUCUACAGAUCAUGGAGGAUAUCACAGAUGCCAAUAGAGACACAGAUGUGUCUUCAACUACUGCUGAUGUGCCUGAGAUACAGGAAAUUUCAGGCUCAAAUGGUAAUGUGGAGAUGGUUAUUACUAUUGAAAAGAUUGAGACACCAGAAGAAGAUGAAAACACAACUCCACCUCAAUCAUCAAUCACCUCAGAAGGUAAGGAGACUGAUGCCACUAUCAUGUCAGUAGAACCUUCUGUGGUAGAGAAAUCCCCUAUUAGUAAGGAAUCACCUCACAAAAUAAAUUCCACUCGAAAAGAGGCAGUGACACCAAGAAAAGAAAGUUCAUCUCCUAAUAUUACCGUUAAGUCACCCAUAACUAUAUCUCCCACAAAAGAAACUGAUAGAAUUGAAGUUGUAACUCCAACUAAAACUACACCAAGGAAGGAAACUAUAAAAAUUGUUAUUACUUCACCAAAAGAUGAGAAGAACCAAAGUCUUAAGACUACUCCAACAAAGGUGUCAGACCAAAUUGUUGAUUCCUCUUCUAAAGCAUUGUCUCCCUGCAAGGAGCUGGAAAAAGUUAUAGACUUGAAUGAAACAUCAGUCAAGGAAUCUGGGAAUGAAGCACAGACUGUACAAGAACCACCUAUUGCUACCUCUUCUGAGGAUAUAGCUAUAUCCACAAAAACUACAAACACAGAAGAAUUAACUGAUUCUUCUGGGACAAUUGCCCCAAAUGAAAAUCAAAAAGAGACUGUGUCCUUUAAACCUCCCAUAGACAACUGUGAUAAAUCUAAUGACUCCCAGCUAGAUGCCAACUCUGAUGUAAGUGAAAAAGAGCAUAAUAAAAGUAUAAGUCGAGAACUUAAAUCUCUCAUUAAGUCUGCUAAGGAAUCAAAGAUAAUAAGUGAAUGUACUCAACUCACAAGCAAGACACGGAAGUCUAGAACACCGUUGGAGUUGAACACCUCUGUGGAAACAGAGAAAAUAACCCCCCGACGUAAUAGUAAUGCAUCAAUGAAGAGUAACCAUAGUGGAAAGUCUGAAAAAGCCGUCAAAAGAUCAAUGCGGUCACAGAAUCCAGAAUUUGUGAAUAAGGUUAAGCAAUUUCUAAACUCUGUAGUUGGCAAAAACCAUGAUUAUGAUGAUGACGUGAAAGAUGAGGCAAAGAAAGAGUUAAAUGAAAAAUCACCUUCUCUGAAAAAGAGGAGAUUUCCGGAAGGUCCACUUAUUAAAAGUGAUAAGAAGCUACGAACAGACCCAUACUGCUGGCGUUGUCAUUGGGCUAUAGAACUGGGUACAAAUGAGAAGACAAGACCUCCAAUGCAAUGUACGGUUUGCCCACGGGUUUAUCACUACAAGUGUCUAUCAAGUAAUGAACGGAAAAAGAUUGAUAUGGAAAGGAGUUGGGUGUGUCCUGAAUGUUUGGCAAUAUUGUUCGCUGAAAGCUCUGAUACUAGAUCAAUAUCAUUGAAGCAUGUCUCCGUUAGCCAUUUGGGAGAACUCUUGCAACAUGCCCUCACACGUAUGAUUGAGCUAAAUGGGGUAGAACCGUUUAUGCAGCCAGUGGAUAGAGCACUGUUCCCGGACUACGACAAGUGUGUAGUACACCCGAUGGACUUAUCGCAAAUGCAGAGGAACAUUGAGAACGGACUUUACGGAAGUCCCGAGGCCUUUAUGUCGGACGCGCAAUGGAUUCUACACAACAGUAUUAUAUUUAACACAUUGCAAUCGAAGCUGACACUGGCGGCGCGUGCGCUGGUGAGGUUGUGCCGCAGCGAGAUGGGCGAGAUCGAGGCCUGCCCCGAGUGCUACGCGGCCGCCCACAACCGGAGGCCCACCUGGUUCACCGAUGUCUGCUCCAAACCGCACAUUCUGCUGUGGGCCAAGCUCAAAGGAUUCCCCUACUGGCCCGCCAAGGGGAUGUCCGUGAACGGGUCCGGCGUGGUGGACGUGAGGUUCUUCGGAGCCCACGACCGAGCCUGGGUGCCCGCCAAGGACUGCUUCCUGUACUCCGAGAAGGACCCCAACAACGUGCGCUCCAAGAAGCAGAUUGUUGACAGUAUGCAGGAGGCUGAGCAGUACAUUCGGAAUAUUUCGCGCAAAUAUGGCAAGUUUGUUUAUCCGCCCUUCAAGACGCCCUUCGACCCGACCAACAUUAACGAACAGUUUAAAUUAAUGAUUCCGAGUUUCGAAGGAGAAUUGCGAUUUCAAAUCAAAGAUAAAUGUGGAACGGCGUCUCCGAAAAUUAAAGAAAAGCGACGAUCGAACUCUAAAAGCUCUGUUGUCGAUGGUGAUGCCAGUGAUAAUGAAGUAAUGCAAGAUUCACCUCCAAAAGUCAAUGAAUCAACGGAAGAGAAUAAUCCUGAUACUGUUGAAGUAGAGAUUCCUAUGGACCUUGAUGAAAAAAAAGAUAAAGAAAAAAAAGUUUCGAGAAAACGACGUCGAUCUGAAGCAGAGGAUUAUGUCAUAGUAACAGAUAGUACUAAAGAGAAACGUAGGCGCAUUGAAAAAGAGGCGACCACACCCAAACAGCCAGAAAAACAAACGGACAAACCAAAAAAAGUCAUCGAAGACAAAGCAAAGGGAGAGGAAAAUAAACCGGAAAAGGUAGAAGAGAAAAAGAAAGAAAAAAUCAAGCAGAAAGACGAAAAUAAAGAAGUACCCAAUAGUACCACUAAGGAAAUAGUCAUUUCCGUCAACUCCCCCAAAACUCCGAAACCUAUAGUCAAAGCGAAGGACAAAACGGACAAACCGAGAAGAACGAUCGAAAAGAGUGCGGAGAAAACAGAAGAGAGGAAAGAGAAGAGACUCUCGAGAGGGAAAUCUCUCAUCAUCAACAACGUGAGCGCCGAUAAAGAUAAAACAUCGAGACCCAAAGUCAAAAAAGUUACAAAAAGCACGGACGUGGAGAUUCUGAUAAGCAAAAACAUGAUCAAUAAGAAUUUGAACAAGAGUCUGGAGAAGUUCAAGCCCUCGAAGGAGCGCCUCCACUUCGACGACGACACCACCCUGGCCGUGCUGGCCCGGGAGGUCUCCAAGACCGGAAUGCCCACCAUCACCUCGGUCCGAAGUCUUUCCGAACAGCAGCCGCAGCCGAGCCUGAUCGAGGUGUCCGUGGACGCCAAUUCCAACGCGAGCGUACUCACGAGCGCGGACACUGCGAAGGACAGCGACAUAUCGGCGAAGGCCCGGGAGUCGGAGCCCCCCGUCGGUCGGGUCGGGGUCAGAGCCUUCGCCAGGAUGCAGACGGAGAACGCCCCGAGUUCGGACAUUGAAAUUAAACCGGAGCCCAUAGAUUUUGACACGGAUCGGCAGAUGGAAAAGUUGGAGGUGAUGAACUCCUUCCGAUUGCAGCCCGUGAAUCCGCCGGCGACGAAAUUACGCGAGGUGCGGAUUAAUAAGUUGGUCGUCACGCCGAUUAAUAGGAAGAAACCGGAAAUUCGCGUGAAGGCGAAGAAGACGUUUCCGCAAGCGAAGAAACCGGAAGGGUCCGAGUUGAACAGCAAGAAUUCGAUGGUGUAUAUCCCGAUUCAGCCGGCGAGCGGUCAGGCGCCGGUGAGACCCAAUAGACCUGUCACCAAUGGACUCCAAGUUCAGGUUUCUGCUAGUGUUGCCACCCCAACAACAACGAGCCCUCUAACUCCGACGACCACGGCGACCGUGUCUCAGACCACGCCCACCUCGAUCAGCAUGGGCGUGGUGUCCAACAUGGCCGGUAUGGCCCAAGGCCCCAACGUGCACACGGUCCCGCUCAUCACCUCGGUCAACGGCCAAUGGGCGUUCAGCCUCCAACCCGUCAUGUCUGUUGGGGGAGUCGAUAGCUCAAAUGGUCCUUCGGUGAACGGAAUCGACCGUCCGGGGACCUUGGUGGCCGUUCCCACUCCCGUCAGCGUCAGCUCUAUGGCCCAACUCAACCCACAGAGGAAAGACGACGCACAGCUGCCGCGGCUGCAGCACAAGCCGAUGCUGAACCCCUUCGACACGAGCAACUCCAGGCCGGUGCCGGCGCCGUCCACCGUGGGACCUCUCACUGCGAAGCUCAACCAAAAUGCCUCUAAGCUGACGGACUUCUUCCGCAACUUGAUGGAGGAGACUCUGGAGAAGGUGAACGAGCCAGCUGCCCACGUGACGUCACUAAAGCUGCAGCUCGAGCAGCUGCAGUGGAAGCACAGGCAGGAGCUGGACGAGUUAAAGCAUAACCAUGAAUUAGCAAUGGUGGAGAUGCGCACGUCUUUAGAGCGGGACAAGAAUCGUGCGGUUAACGAGGAGAGGCGGACCAUGCACCUCAAUAUGGAGGCUGCGGUUAAAACCGCCAAGUCUAAGCAAUGGUGCGCCAACUGCAGCCAAGAGGCCCAGUUCUACUGCUGCUGGAACACCUCGUACUGCGACUACCCCUGCCAACGAGCGCAUUGGACCACGCACGCCGCGCUUUGCACUCAGGCGCAGGACAGCAAUGGAACUGACAACUCAAAAGACAUCCACGCGAGAUUGCAGCCAGCACCAGAGCGUUUGACGCAAAACAAAAACCCAUCGAAACCCACCCGAGUCUACGCCAAGGAGAUGUCGAAGACUUCGCUUAUAGGUACACCAAUCAGUAUGGUAGAAGAUAGCACUGGAAAUCAAACUGUCAAGUGUGUGGGGACAUACAAACCUAACGCCCAGGCGCCGCCCGUCAUCAUUAAUAAACAGUUACACAGCAAUGAGGAAGCGAAAAAAGUGACAACUUCCGGCGGAUAUUUGAUCGUGGGUGGGGGCAGCACGGUUUCCACACCGAGACGACCGACGAUACAAUACGUGCAUACGUCAUAGGUCGUAUAGGUUGUAAGCACUAGAUUAGAGGGCGGGAAGAGAGCCGGUUUUUAUAUUAAGUAUUAACGACUCGUAGUAAUUACGAACCCAAACGUUCAUAUGUGGGUAUCACAGAAAAGUUCACAAAUGAAGGUAGGAAAUUUUUUAUACACAAUGUAAAAGGAGUUUUUUUAUAUCAAAUGCAUACUUUUAGUCGGUUAAAAUUAUGUGCAAAAUAAUUUGUGGUGACAUUUUAACCAAAAGUCAGUCUACUUAAAUAUUUGUUGCCUUAUUAUUUUUAAAUAUGGCAAUACAAGGGCGGGUCCAGAGGUCAUGGGGGUCAUCGACCCCUUGGAGUUUGGGUCUUCUGAUUUUUAAAAAUUGAUAGUUUACAGAUUCAUGUAUAAAUGUUCCCAAAUCAUUUUAUUAUUACAAACUCUAUAAAAAUCUGUUUAAACGUUCUCAACUUUUGUGUCUUUCUACCAAAUUGUGUUCAUGCGUUGAUGAAAUGUGAUAAGUUUGGUUAGAGUUAUAGAUUUAUUUAAAAGGUGAACUUUGCUUUCUUAAUAUGUCUUCAAAAACUGUUAAGAUGUUAUGAUAGUACUAAAAAAAUGUGGAAACAGUUAAAAAACUUCAGGUCGUUGACCCCUAAAGGUCAUGAACUCUUGCACCAGGGUUAUUCAAAAUAUUUUAUAAUUAUAUACAAUAUAUACGACUGGUAAUUAUAACGAUUUGUAGUUGUAAUUGGGCGUUAGCGAGUGUGUAAUGAGGUAUUAAAUUACUGAAUAUACAACAAGAACAAAUCUGUUUGUCAUAUGUGUUUGCAAUAAUGUAUACGGUUUUAAAAUAAUAAUUUACGGCAAUUUUUGUUAUUAACAUAACCAAAAGUGUACCUUCUUGGUUUUUACUAUUACAAAAUUUACUAAAAAUCUACUUUAAAGCUAUAUUAGUGGUUUUAAAGUAGCUAGUAAUUGUUAGAAAAUGUAUGAGUUCCGGAAUGUUACAAAUCUAUAGUCAGGUAAAAUUCUUGUAUAUAAUGUAAUUAUUAUGUAAUACAUAAUUGAAUAAUUAGGUUAAAUUACAGUAAGAAUAUUGGUUGAGUGUUCAACCCUUGAGGUUGUUGGUAGCCUGCGAACAGCAGCAAUUAUUGUAAGGAAUCCGGCUUAUGAAGUUCUGAAGAAGGCUGAUUCUAUUAAAAGUUAUGGAGACAUCUCAAGGGCGGAUCUAGGGGUCAUUGAUAUUUACAAAUCUGUCAUUUUACUAAAACUGGAUUGAUAUAGGCCAUAUUAGUUUCCAAAAUAUUUGGUCUUCUCUUUGUUUCGCUUUAGGUAGAAGAAAGAUCCGCCCUGAGUUACGGUUCCCUAUUAUAUAUUAUAAUUCGUGGGUACCUAGAAGUUUAUUAAAUCUCAAGUUGUAGUUAUAUGUUUAAGACUGCUAUUUUUAGAUUAUUUCCUAUUGUGGUUGGAUAACUAUUUUUAUUAUAAUUUUAAUAUUUACAAAAUCUAAAUUUUUGUUAUAUUAUCUUGUAAAUAUAAUUAAGUUUAGAUUUUAAUUUCAUGAAAAUUGUGAACUCCUUAUUGUAUGGCAAUAUACUAGUACAAGUUAAUCAAUGUUUACAAUAAAUGUAAGACAUUCA